AAAAACUGAAAGCAAAUGGGCAUAAGUCAGACAGAAGAAACAGAGGUAGGAGUGGUGCCAGGUGUCUGCUGCUAGUGCUGUUCUCAUUCCUGGCCCUGAUUGCUGCGUUGUUAGUGGCCAUCGAUUUCCACUGCAACACCAAUCGCCGAGACCAUUUAUGUUUAACAUAUUGGCACCCUGCACGCGGCCAUAUUGUCAACACAUGGAACACAUCGUCUCGUGCUGCUGUCGAAUUUUAUCACCGGAACAUAGAAAAAUAUUUUAUCUAG